AUGGCAAACUUGAAGCACCUAUCUCUGAUCUGCAGCAUUGUUGUUCUAGCUAUAAUUUCAAUGCCACAAGGUCACUGCAGAGUUUUUCAACCAAACGAUGUGAGACUCAUAGAGCAAACAUGCAAGCAAACACCACAUCCUGAUCUUUGCAUUAAACUCCUUGAAGCAGACCCUCAUAGCUCAAGUGCAGAUGUCAACGGCCUAGCACUAAUAUUGGUGAAUGUAAUCAAAGCCAAAGCAAAUGAUGUCUCAAACAAAAUCAAGGAACUUCUUAAAGGGAGAGGGGAUAAGAAAGCCUUGACUUCAUGUGCUGACAACUACAGUGCAAUUUUGAUAGGGGAUAUUCCAGAAGCCACUCAAGCUCUGCAGUUUGGAAACCCCAAGUUUGCAGAAAAUGGGGUUAGUGAUUGUACUGUUGAAGCCACCUCUUGUGAGGAGGGCUUCAAUGGGAAAUCACCUCUCACCAAUGAAAACAAUAGUAUGCGUGAUGUUGCAGACGUUACAAGGGCUAUUGUUCGAUUAUUGCUUUAG